AUGAGCUUCUUUGGGUCCUCUGGAGGAGGACUAUCACUAGGAUCCUUAAAUAAUACCAACCCUCUCAAUACCUCAAAUAACCCCUCGCCUACUACCAACUCAGAACUUGCCAAUGACACUACCCUGAAUGACCCCCCCACUGAUGGUAUCUCCGACAUUGACUUUUCUUCCACCGCAGAUGUACUUGCGGUGGCGUCUUGGGAUUCAAGCGUGCGGCUGUACGAAGUGGUCAACGGCCAGUCCCAAGGCCGUGCCAUGUACAACCAUCAAGCCCCGGUACUUUCUGCACGCUGGUCUCCCGAUGGUUCCAAAGUUGCCAGUGGAGGAUGCGAUAAUGCAGUUAGAGUAUACGAUGUGGCAUCCAAUUCAUCAUCAACAACUGCAACUCAAAUUGGCGCCCAUGACGCGCCAGUUCGUGCAGUAAGAUGGGCUGAAAUGGGACCCCCAGGAUCAGGAAAUAUUAUGCUGGCAUCAGCUUCAUGGGACCGUACCAUCAAGUAUUGGGAUCUGCGAAGCCCACAAGCUGUUGCUACUGUAGCACUCCCAGAACGUGCAUAUUCCAUGGACGUAUCCAAGAGCCUUUUAGUGGUUGCAACAGCAGAGCGUCAUGUAGUUAUCAUCAAUUUGAACAAUCCACAAACCAUUUUCCGAACAAGCGUGUCGCCACUUAAAAUGCAGACGCGUGUGGUGGCAUGUUUCCCACAAGGCGAUGGGUUUGCACUAACAUCAAUUGAAGGUCGAUGCAGUAUCCAAUACGUGGAUCCGGAAGUCAACAAACAAAACACAUUUAGUUUCAAGUGUCAUCGACGGCCGGCAGGUAAUACAAGUGGGUCUGCACUUAAUACCACAAUAGUAUCUGCCAAUUCACGAGCAGAAACUUUAGUGUAUUCCGUCAAUAGUGUAUGUUUCCAUCCAGUGUAUGGGACCAUGUGUACAGCAGGAGCAGAUGGGACGUUUCAUUUUUGGGACAAGGAUAACAAGCAUCGGCUCAAGGGGUUUAACGACGUGGGCGGGCCCAUAACAGCGACAGCCUUUAAUGCUUCGGGUAAUGUGUUUGCAUAUGCUAUUAGUUACGACUGGAGUAAAGGGUACCAAUUUGCGGCACCUACAAAUGUAAACACAGUGAGGUUCCAUCCAGUGACAGAAGAUGAAGUUAAGCAACGGCCAAAAAUCAAGAGGUGA